GAGAUAUAACGUGAAAACUUACUUCCGGGCAGUUGCCAAGGAUGGCUUUAUCAAUAAUGUACUGGGCUCGGUACGUUGAAAGCCACACAAAACUUACCAGGAAAAGUGAGAAAGCUGUGGAUAGCGACAGGGUUUUAAAAUUUGUGUUAGAUAAAGAGUUUCGCGUUAUUACUGCGGUUGUGCAAGCGUCAAUGCGAGACACAUCUUACAAAGUUCAGAUAUUUCUGGAAAAUGAAGAAAACAGUACUGGUACUAUAAAGUCAUCGACGUGUGAAUGUCCAAUGGGCCAGUUUCGCUGCCACCAUGUAGCUGCAGCUCUUCUGUUUGGAUAUAAGAGGGCAAGCAAGACAGAUGUGAAGUGCAGCUGGAUCAAGCAUCCUAAAUCUGCUCCUCCUAAAGCCAUAACAACAAUGGGGGAAAUGUAUCCACCCAGGCAAGAUUAUAGAGCAUUAAAAAGAGAGAUGACAGAUGCAGAUAGAUCAUAUUUGUAUGAUCAGCUAGGUCAUUUGGGUAGAUUUACAGCUAUGCACUGGAUUUUAUCAAAUGAGCCUGAGUGUGAGGAAAUGCCAGCAUUACUUAUUGAAGACCAGCUCAUAAGUGAAGAGUACUUGAAUGCUCAGUGCAAGUCAUCUUAUUUAAGGGAGAAACUUGUCAUUUGUUCAGAAAAGAUUAUUGAAACAGCAUGGCUGACUACAGGACAAAGAGAGAACUCUUUAUGGGCAGCUGUUCGCAAAUUGAGAAUUACUGCAUCUAAUUUUGGACAAGUUAUUGGUGCUAUUAGAAGAAAUCGGCUCUCAGUAUCAUUAAAGAAAAGAUUACUCAGUGCAUAUAAUCUUGAGAAAAGAGCUUCUAUUCAGUGGGGACUUACACAUGAAAAGAGUGCAAAAGAUGACUAUUGUAAACUUUCAGAGGUCUCGAUAUUAGAGACAGGCAUAUGGCUUCAUGAAUCAGGUGUUCUUGGUGCCUCUCCUGAUGGAUUUGUCCAAGGUGAUCCCAAACAUUUGAAGAUUCACCUUCAAGGAAAAGUGAGUGCAUCACCAGAUAUUAUAGAGGUUAAAUGUCCUUUCUCUGCAAGAGCAAUGUCUAUCAAGGAUGCCUGUACAAAUUUGAAAGAUUUCUUUCUAGAGUGUGACUCUGAGGGUGUCCUGCAUCUUAGAGAGAAUCAUGAUUAUUGGCACCAAGUUCAAGGCCAGCUUUAUCUUACAGGCACCACUUGUUGUGAUUUCGUAGUUUGGACACCAGUAAGCAUGGAAGUCAUUCGCAUCCUUCGAGACGAAUUAUGGGAAAUUCACUUGAAAAACAUGAUUGAAUUCUACUUUAAUGUGUUUCUACCCUCUCUCCAGUAAAAUUUUGACUGACUUUAUAUUGUACAUGAGCAUACAUGUAUAUUGGUGCACUCAAAAUUUAGCUCAAUCCUCUUCUUCAGUAUGAUAAGCACAAUCAUAAUCUCAGUGCGAUUAGCAUUUUGUUUGACAAGUAGUGCUUGCUAAUAGCAUGUCCAUAAAUAAGUGAACAUGAAGCAAUACCUAAGACAUUAAAUUAUGAAUACCACCAAAGUAAGUAACUAUGUUUACUGUAAACAGAUCUCUUACAUUGCCUUCUUCCCUUAGUGCAGUAAAUAAAAAGAGAAUUUUAAUUUUUGCCAAACUGUUUAAUUUUAUCAUGGUUUAUUUUUUGCAACUAAUGAUCAAAGCAAUCAUUAUCUUAAGCAUGCAUCACCAGUGUGGAAAUUUUGAACAAAAUAAGUAAUUUAAGAUGUACAAUUGAGUCCUUUUCACAAAAAAGUAAAAGAAAAGAAAUAUAUACAAACUGCAAUUCUAAAGAUGCAAUAUCAUUAAAAUGAGAUCUAUGUAAUUAGGGUCAGACAACAUUUUUAAAACAAUUUAAUUAUUUGAAAGGGACGUAUAGUUUAUAUUAAGUUUAUAUAAUUAUAUUAUGCAUGAUUUCUGAAUACACAACAUCCUGAUUAGACAAGUGCCACAGAAUACAUUCACUGUAGCAUAUAUACAUGUAAUGUUCAUAUAUAGUAAUUACAAUACAUGUGAAUUAUAUAACAGUUUUUCUCUAAAAAAUAAACAUAUUGUUUUUCAAAAGUAGUUUUUCAAGCUUUGAUUGAUAUUAAGUUUAUUUGGCUUCUUUCAAAUGCACAACUGAUGUUUCCAGAAUUCUAUGAUGAACUGUGC